AUGACGACCUUAGCUCCUCAAAGAAGUGGACAGUCCUACGAUAAUGGAUCGUGUGGGUCGUCUGUUAAUGUUGACAAGGUUGUACAAUCAGUUACGAACGCCACGAAGCGGUUAUCACAGAUUUCUACAAAUACAAAUAGCUCCAACCAAAAGCGAACCCACAGUCGUAUAGGACCGUGGAAGCUUGGAAGAACUUUAGGCAGAGGAUCCACUGGUAGGGUUAGAUUGGCGAAAAAUGUCGACACCGGGAAAUUGGCAGCUAUUAAAAUUGUACCCAAGUCUAAGUUCAAGAAGUUAGAGAACCCAAAGUACAAAAGGGAUUCCCUCAAUAAUAAAGGCUUACCUUAUGGGAUUGAAAGAGAGAUUAUCAUAAUGAAAUUAAUCUCUCACCCAAAUAUUAUGGGCUUAUAUGAUGUCUGGGAAAACAAGAAUGACUUAUAUUUGAUUCUAGAAUAUAUUGAGGGUGGUGAAUUAUUUGAUUAUCUUAUUAAGAAAGGAAGGCUUCAAGAAUUUGAAGCCGUGAGCUAUUUUAAACAGAUCAUCAAUGGGAUAGGUUAUCUUCAUCAGUUUAAUAUCUGCCAUAGAGAUCUAAAGCCCGAGAACUUGUUGCUUGAUUUUAAUAAGAGUAUCAAAAUAGCAGAUUUUGGAAUGGCGGCUUUAGAGGUCGGUGAGAAACUAUUGGAAACGUCUUGCGGUUCUCCUCACUAUGCUUCGCCAGAAAUAGUCGCUGGAAAAACUUACCACGGAGCUCCUUCAGACAUUUGGUCUUGUGGUAUUAUUUUAUUUGCCUUAUUAACGGGGCAUUUGCCUUUUGAUGAUGAAAACAUAAGAAUGCUAUUAUUAAAGGUACAGAAUGGCAAGUAUAUCUUGCCUCCAGAUUUAAGCUGGGAGGCCAAGGACUUGAUUUCAAAAAUGUUAAAAGUGAAUCCGGAAGAUAGGAUAACAAUCAAAGAAAUUUUAGUUCAUCCUUUGAUGGUUAAAUAUCCUGAACCUCCGAUAGCAUCAACUUCUUCAAAAGCUAAAAAUCUUCAGAGCCCUAAGGUAAUUCCAGGCGAAGCCAUUGAAAAGAUUGAUAAAGAAAUAUUGAAGAAUUUGUCGGUACUCUUUCAUAAUUGUAGUGAGCAAUCCAUUGUUUCAAAAUUACUAUCGAAGGAUAAGUGCCCCGAGAAAAUGUUCUACUUCAUGCUUCUAAAGUAUAGAAAUGAGCAUUCGAGUGCACAUAUGAACUACGAUGAAAAUGAUACGGAUUUUUCAUUCACGGACUCUAAAGUUACUAUACCAAGAUCUACCUCAAUUGUGAAAACAACUGUGAUUGACCCGAAGACUGGCGAUAAGCAUACAACAAUAAAAAAGAUACCUAGAAGUACAUCUGGGAACUCUAAUAAAUCAUCUAAGAAUCUGAAAGGUGAAAGAGUGCUAUCUAAUAUAACCAAUGCCCCUAAUGGUUCUCUUCGAAAUUUCAAGGCUUCGAAUUCUUUCAACAAGAAAAAGACUUUACUUCAUAAUCAAGUGAUAUCGACGCCUUCAGCUAAAUCUGCUCAGAAGAAGACAAAAUCAAAUAGUCCGCCAAAGCAACAACAGCCCGAUGUGCCGCCAAAAAUAAAGCGGAGGCCAACUGGGCUUUCUGGCUUAGAUGAUGUUGCUUUUAACACCACUGAUGUUGAAGAGAGAAGUACGGCGGGAGACAGUAUGUCAAAAGAAACACAACAACAGAAGGUUGAGCAUCAAUUAAGAGCUCUGAAAUUAGCUGGUUCUUUUGGAAACAAAUCUCUUUUAAACUUUGAGUUGAUUUGCCUGGAAGUCUUCGGAGAGACCAAAACCUUAAAGACUUUGUCGAACGAGCCGAAUAAACUGUCUAAGGAAGUCCCACGUUUGUCAACGGAAAAUAAAGGUGGCUUAUCGGAAUUCAUUAAGCACGAACGAGAAUUGGCUGCUAAAGUGAGACGAAUAAACGAAGAAAGGGACAUAAAGUUCAAACAGGAAAAAGAAAAAACGGAAAAGUUGCGAAAAGAAAAUGAAUUAAAGAGGAAGAAAGAACAAGAAUUGCAAAAUGAAAAGUUACGCCUGUUGCAGGCUGAAGCGUUAUCGAAGUUGAAAUCGCAGCAGGACUUAAAUGAACAAUCAGUCAGGACAUCGCGACGUCAUGUUACCGAGCCUAUUAGCUCCUCGUUAGAUCCAAAAGCAGGUUCCAAUUCACUUCUUAGGGCCAAAUCUUUGGCUGCGUCCCAUAAUCCACGGUUGAAUCAAAACACCUCGAAUGUUUUAAGACAAUUGGGAAUUGAUGUAAAACCCCCAAUGAGUAGCUCACAUCAACCUCCUAUCAAAACUUCGAGCUCAAGAAAUUUAUCUAAAUAUUUACAUGCGGAUGCUACAAAUGAUUCCUCUUUAGAGAAGAUCGAGGUUGAAAAAGAAAAUUUUAGCUUAGAUGAGUUCAAUAGAAAGGAGGGUUCGUCGUCGACGAUUCUCAAACCGUUGCCUGACACAGUAAAAAAAGAUCACAAUACAACUUAUAGAUCCCUAUUGAGUGAUAUCAAUGAAAAUAAUGCAAAUUCUUUCGAUGAUACGUCUAUCAUGUCGAAUACAUUCAAUAGAAAGCGAACAUCAAAUAAUGAUUUGAUCCCUAAUCCAAGGUUCUCCAAAAUGUCUUUUGGUGGUUUAUUAAAUACCUCGAAAUAUGACAUUGGUGAUAUAACAAUCAUGAAUAAUUUAGGGACUUCUGCUGGGACCGUUGUAAGGAAAACUGUUGAAAAACCGGAUGCUUCUCACACAACCAAUCGCAAGUCAGUUGUCUCUUUAUCAGGAUUGGGUAUCAAUGUCCCUGAAACUAAAAAAGAAAGUUCCUUAGAUCAUAAUGAUGUCUCAGAGUACAAUGAAACCUGGGCUAAAAGUGAUUUUUAUUCAGUCGCAUUGUCAGAUUCCAAAGAUGUCACGUCAGUACAUAUAUCCAAUUUACAGAGAGAUGCUAUUGACAACCACGGAGAAGGUAAAUUUGAUGGCAUGGAUGAUUCUGAUGACUCAAUUUCCACUGUUCUUCAAGAUAAAGAGAACCAGAAUUUGCAAACAGGAUAUAUGGAAAGUGAUAUUUCCAAUAUCGAUAUUAUAAGCUCAACUACUGCAGAAGUAGGACAUUCCAAUAAAACCAGGCCUAGCUUAGUUGAGCAUAAUGAAUCAUCUAGAGCAUUUUCGAGUGAAUCUAAAUCCGACGAGUCUAUUGAGGUUUUAUAUAAGAAUUAUGGCAAUUUCUAUGAGGAACCUCAAAUGAAAUAUGGAUUAACAAAGCCUCUGAAAGGAAAAGAAGCUAAAAGUCCUGACAGUCAGUCAUCUGCUCAUAGUGAAGGUCCGUUUUCCUUCAAGGAAUCCGCUACUCUAGAAGGAUCAGAUGCAGCUACUCUAGACGGAGAUAUCGUAUCUCAUCCCUCUGAUAAUGUGUCUCCAUCAAAACAGUCAGAAAAAAUGGUCGAUCAAGAAGACGACAAACAGCUCAAUGAGGCUAGAAUAAAGAAGGCAACUUCUUCUCGCAUAUUUGGUUCAAUUGUGUCAGCAGAUCACAGUCCUGAGAUUGAUAUUAAGAAUGACGCUGAGGGUAGUCCAAAUGCAGCAGAACUCAGUCCGACCAGUCCCUCUACAGCCGGUCACCCCAUGUCGAUAAUAGAGGACACUCAUGGUAAUUCCCUUUUAAAAAGACUAAGUUUGAUUCCCAAGAGGCACGCUCCCAAGCCUCCUCAACAGCGACUCUCUAAAGGAUACGAUAAGUUUUCUAAAAUUCCAGCUCCUAGACAAAAAGAAGAAGGUCCUAAGACUAGAAAGAAGGAAAACUGGUUCAAGAAGUUUUUGCAUUCGUUGUCCAUGUCUCCCAAAUUAGAUUCUCAUCCAAGUGAAAUCAAUGCUAAUAUUUGCAUUAUAGAUUCCAGUUUAAAUGCCAUUGAUUUAUCAAGAGUGAUUAAAAAUCAAUUGGAGUUGAAAAAAAUUGAAGGAUCCAUAAGCGAAGUUGACAUAGACGAAGAGUUUGGUUUAAUCAAUGGAGCUAUUCCUUCAAGGUUUUCCUAUGGCAGAAAAUUGAGAUUCAAAAUAGAGAUAAUCGACUUGCAAGAUAGCUCUUCGUUAUAUAUCACCAAACUCAGGGGGAGCGAUAGAGGAUUCCGAAAUUUGGUCAACAUAGUGAAACUAGUAACUAAGCAAGAGGAAGCUGCAAAUAGAACGUCCAGAUAUUCCACUUAUCGAUGA